AUGGCAGUAUGGGUGUCCGACUCAGAAGUGGUGGAAUGCUUUGGGUGCGGGGCCCCCUUCUCUGCACUGCGGCGACGGCACCACUGCAGGCUGUGUGGGGCAAUAUACUGCAGUAGCUGCAGCAGCAGCUGCUGCUUAUCUGUGGUGGGGGGCCCACAGGGGCAGGAAGCCAGCAGCAGCAUCAGGCUUUGUGUGUUUUGUGUGCGCAAUGCCCACAAGCAGCAACAGCUGCUGGGGCCCCUCACCAAGCUCCAGAGACACCCCAUCCCUACAUCCCACUCACAGGCCAGCCACUGGGGUGUACGUACACCCAAGCAGCGACUGCAGGGGGCCCCACACGCAGCUUUACUUGCCCAUGAAUGCCGCCUGCCCACUGCAGGCGGGCCCUGGCCAAACCCGCAUGGGCAUUGCUCUGGUGCGGACAGAGUCUCCAGCAGCAGCGACAGCAACUGUGACAGCAAGAGCAGCAGCAGCAGGACUUGCAGCAGCGUUGCAAACGGGACAUACGCGCUGUCUCUUCUGCGCCAAAGUGUCUUAUCACACUGUGUGCUUGAGGGUCUGCCUGCCGCUGCAGCUUGUGUGCUGCUGCGGCUGAUCUUGUCUGUGGUGUCUGCGCUGCAUGCAUCAGCUGCUGCUGCUGCGGUGUCCCUUGGGGACUGUGUGCACGUUUGCUGCUUCCCUGGUCAGUCAAUGUCCGACUCCCGAGCCUUCCCGGGGGUCGUGCUGCCUCUGCUGCUGCAGCACAAGCAGCAGCAGCAGCUGCUCCCCCUGCAUCAAGCACGGGUGCUGCUGGUCCACGGAGACCUCCAGUUGGGGGGCAGAGUUGCUGAGGGGCCUCCAGGCCGGUUCACACACUUGGAGACGGUGCAGAGGAGACACACACUAGCGCUAAGGGUGCUGCUGCAGCAGCUGGCGCUGCUUCAGCCAAACCUGCUGCUGCUAUCGGGGUCCCUACCUCUCUCACUGCUGCUGCGCCUUGCAGCUCUAAAAAUUGUAGCCGUUCCUGGCGUCCCCUUUGCCAGCCUGCUUAGGGCCAGCAGAGCCACGGGGGCACCCUUGUGGGCUUCUCUUGAACUAGCAGCAGCAAGAGCAGCAGCAGAAACAGCGCAGCAGCAACAGCAGACGGUCCUGGGCAGCUGCUCUGUGCACUGGGGGGCCCCAACUCCGGGAGCACCGUCUCACCUCAUUCUAUCGGACUGCCCACCUAGUAGCUUUUGGACUAUUUGCCUGGUGCUUCCCACCUCAGCAGCAACAGCAGCAGCACCAACGUCAGCAUGGCCUGAAGUAAAAGUGUCAGGCAAAGACCAAGAGGCAGAAACAUACAGGCGAGUAUUGUGGAGGGGCCUUUGUGCUGCCUUCGCACUACAGCAAGAGCUGAAAUUUAUUGCUGCUUGCUGCUACCCGGGAGGCGGCCCUCAGGGGCCCCUCUGGAUUGAAGCAGCAACGAAACGGCAGCUUUUGCUGCCGCAGUCAGAGGAGAGUCCUGGUCCUGGCUUGGAGAAGCUGCCUCAGGAUGAUGACUCAAUAACUGGAGCCAGCAGGGUACAGACUCUUUGCAGCAACACCCCAGCAUCAACGGUACUGCAGCAGCGAGAGCAGCAGGACAGCAGCAACAGCGACAGCACCGGCGCUGUGGCCGAUGCUGCAACGGCCAUGGUCAACAAAUUGCUGGAGAGUACCUUCAGGCAAAGACCCCUCAAGUGCUGGCUGCAAUGCUGCAGCAUAUCUGUGGGAUCAGGGGGCCCCCGAGACUUGGAGCGGCGCUUACUGGAAUGCAUGUGCUCCUUAGAGGGGCCCCCAAGCAGCACCAAGUAUCCACCGACAGUAGCUGCAGCAGCAGCUGCGGCCGCUGCAACAAACUGUCCUGCCGUCGCAGCAGUGCAGCUUCUCACGGUCAUAGAUGGAGAGAAAGAGGGGCUUCCAAACUGCAACUUGGAUAUACCUGGUGCUCCCCCAGUCGAUCCCACAGACCUGGGUGAGCCCCUUCGGGUUCCUACGUCCAACGGCACUUGUGGCAUUCGUCCGCUGCACCGUGCUUUUCAGACCACGGCUCCCUCUGCUGCAGAAGCAGCACCUGAAGCAGCAGUCAGGAACGCAAUAGCUGCUGCUGCUGCUUCUGCUCCUGCAUUCAGAGAGGAGAAGGAUGUGGGGCACGAAAGAAGACGCCUGGGUACUUUGCUGCUGAGGCGGGCUUUCAGCCUUGAGGCCCAGAUUGUUUCCCUAGGCAUCACUUGGAGCUGCCGGCUCCAGCAGUGCGCAACUGGAGCAGGAAGCCCUUGGGCCUCUGGGGCCGUCGCUUGCCUUGGGCCCCUUGGGGCCCCUUGGUCCCCCGGUUCCACAGGAACUUCGGGAGCUCUCCGGCGGUGCCCUUGCGCGCUGGCCUUUAGCCCCUUUGGGGCUACGCUGCGCGAAGUCGCCAGUCGCUGGUGCCUCUUCUUGCAGCAACAUCCAGGGUCCCGCAGCUGCCCCGCGGGGGACAGCAGAUGCAGAAGGCCUCUUAAUGAGCACUCCCUUGCGUUCACGAGAGACACAAACCGAGUUGUUGUUACGUUCAAUGAAGGUCUUCUAGUGCCUCAAGGGGAAGUCUCGCGCGCACCCGCUGCUGCCCGCCGCCGCAGCAGGUAUGAAGGGUCACCUAUGUUGUCUCCCUUGCCCCCCGCGAGAACAGCAGAAGCAACAGCGAACGCAACGGGAGACAAGCCAGCAGCAACAGAGGCAGCAGCAUCAACGGCAGCGGAUAGCGUCCGGUGCAAUAGCAAGCUUGAGGAUGCCUUGUUUUCCGCGAAAGACUUGCCUUCAGCUUUAUCAGAGCCCAUCAGAGCAGCUUCAGCAGAACGAACAGCAGAAACAACAGGUACAGAAGGGAGCUGGGAUUGCACUGAAAAGAAUGGAGGCCCUGCUGGGGUCGAUUGGUGGCAAACGUGCCGGCGCUGUGGUGGUGGGGCCCUUGGGGCUUCUGAAGAUAUUGGCCGAUAUGGCGACCUUCCCUUCAUUAGGUUUUUGGAGUUGCUGCUUACUGACGAGACCCUUAGGGGAGACGGUACCCGUAGCGGGGCUCUUCAGCAGCAGCAGCAGAUGGACCAGCAACAGGGGGUGCUGCAACAACAGCAGCACCAGCAGCUGGAACAGGAGCGUGAGCAGGUGCUGAAUGGAGACAAGGGAGCGCCCAGCUGCCCCCAUUAUAUCUUUAGAGACAGGACGUUUUACUUCGCAUCAGGAAACGCUACUUUGGCUUUCAGCCACCAGAGCCUAACAGUCUACUCUAUAUGCAAAAAAGGGGCUCCCCAUCAGCUGUUGAAACCUAUCUCAAGAAUCCCCACUUGCCGUGAUUCAACCGACCCGGCUGCUGACGCCUCGGUAACCGAAGCUGCAGCAGUAGCAACGAAUGAGUCCGCAGCAUCACCUACCGCGUUGCUCUCAUCCGAAGCAGGAAAACCCGUACACACACCAGCGAAGCCAGCGCCUGUAGCAGCAGCAUCAAAGGCGCCUGCAGCAGCACCGGGCGGAGGAGCUGCAGCAGCAGCACUUGCUGAUGAUGGCACGUCACUUGCCUCCUGCCAACAGCAAGAGGACGCGUGCCUCUCUGGCAGCGUGUGCUGCACCGCUCGCCGUCAACUGCACGAAGCAGCAAAAGCGGUAGCUGCUGCUGCAAUAGAGGGCGCUCCUGGAGGUCUUUAUGCUGCAGUCACGGGAUGGCUCACUGGGGUUUCUCUGAAAGGCACCGCUGCAGGCUCAUCUCCUUCAGCAUUGGAAGGGGGUUGCGCGCUAAGUCAAGCACUUCAAAAAAGUCUGGAGGGCAGUGUGCGCUGUCUCCUCGAAAACAAGGUCUCGUGGGCUACGCGCGGAAGAACAUUCUUGACGUCUACUGCUGCAGCGGUGGAGCGGCAGAUAAAGGCAACAGAGAAACAGCAGCAACUGUUGAUUCAAGGGGCUCCUCUUGAAAUUCGGUCACCCCUUUGCAGCUGUGUUGCUGGCCCCUCAGAUCAAGGGGCAUCAACGGGGCCUCCUGGGGGACCUUUGUGGCGCCUGUGGUCAACUAUUUGUAAGCUGCUGGUGGAGCAUCAGCGCAGUUUGUCACUGCUGCUGCAGGAGUUGCAACAAGCAGCGGCCAUUCUCAUGUUGUUCAGUUUUUCGCUUCAGCAAGUGACCUUGAAGCGGCAGCAGCAACAGGGUCCUGCAUGCAGCAAAGAGAACCAGGCUGCAGCAGCAAAAAGAUCGCAGAACAAUGCACCAGGGAUGACGUUGGCUGAAAAAGGUUGUUACUGCUGGAAGACAGCUGAGCGGCUGCUUCGAGCCUGCGAUUUUUCAUGGUUUUGUCUCGACAAGUAUUUCGAAGUAUGCUGCUCUGUUCUCUUUAAAAGGUUUGCAUGCGGUGCAGAGGAUGCCCUCAGAGAGGCCAAGCUUCCUGGGUCGCCCAGCCUGCUUCCCCUUGUAAUACCUACGAAUGAUACCGCGAGCCAGCAGGAAGGAGCGGCAGCAUCUGUAGAUCCUGCCGCUGCACCAGUAGCCACUGCCGAUUCCAUUGCUGCUGCAGAAGAGCAAAGCCCGAGGAAGUCAGCAGGCUUCGUAGUACUGACCGGAAUACGAACGCCGCGUGAAAAUGAUUCGCUUUUUUGGAGCGCAGCCACCGGACAGGGUCCAACGGCAGCCGCAGCAGCAGCAGCAGCAACAGCAACAGCGAAGGAAACCUCUGUGGCAACAGUGGAGCCUCGGCCAAGCAAAAGAACUGUCUAUUACACCGGAAAGAUGAUACCUCUUUUGCUACACCCACCAGCAGUAACGCCAACUGUUAGUGAUACAAGGGACGGCCGGUUGUACAGCCCAACAACAACAGACGCAGCAGCAACCGCAGCAUCAGCAGCAAGCGGAGUAGCAGCAGCUCCCCCGCAGUCUCGCCGGCACCGCAGCGCUUCGUGCGAAGUUGUAUGGCGGGUUGUCAAAGAGGAGGACGCCUCUGUAUCCCCAGCCUCCCCUGCUGGAGAGGAGGGAGCGCCGCUGGGGGCCCCAUUAGCAGAUGCAGGGGCGCCCGAGGAAACUAGGGCAGACAGGUCCACAGCGGAGUCUGGAAGACCCUUUACGGCUGCAGCAAAUUCAAAGGGUUUCCAAUCAGCCGCACGCUGCUUGGAGUCCGCUGGACGUGUAACGGUGAAUCGUAUACCCGCUGGAGUGCCUACUUUGGCUCUUGCAGCUUCAGCAACAUCGUCAGCAGCCACAACCAACAAACCAGCAGCAGCAGCAGCAGCAAGCAGGCUCCUGAUGCCCCCCGCAUUCGGAGCAGCAUGUGGCCUUCCGGGGACGUUUAAGGUGGAUCAUUUUCACUCAGGGCCUCCACAACAACCCUGUCGCCGGUUCAGCAGUUGGCAGCCGCUGUCUGCUGCUCUUGCUGCUGCUUCUUCACUUACCGGCAAAAGUGAUGCAGCUUUGCUCGGUAGCAACUGUACAACGCCUAGCCGUGAAACUGUCUGUUUGCACCGUUUGCGUCAUCUCACAGCCGGCGCUUUGCAUGCUCUUGAAGCCUCCGUGUCUGACAUACUUGCUCGCCCCAAAGAGGGCCUUCAUGACUUUUUGCCUCAUCAGGAGUCCAAAGAUGUAGGAGCCCUCAUAGCCUCAGCCAUUCUUAGCCCCGCAGCAACACACCAACUGAAGCGUAGAUGGACGACAGAAUUCGUCAAUACUCCGGGCGCUUGUUGUGGGGGCUUGUGUGGAAAAUGUAUAAACCCCACAGGGGCCCCGGCAAAAUGCCCUCCAGAAGCACAAGUAAAAGCCUCCAAAGAGGACUCUACACAUGCUUCUGCAGAAGCCUUUGCAGAAGCUGCGCCGUUGGAGCCAUAUGAGAGCAGCAAGCCGUGCCUGUGCUGCCUGGGCACUUGUGCUGUGGAGCUUUGCAGAGCACGGAGGCUAGCGAAGACAAGAAGCUCCAGCAGGGUUGUGAAUGCAUCAUCCUGUGGGGGGAAGCAGGCUCAUUCGGAACCCAAGAUCCCACGUAGUAGUGAAACAUGCGCAUCAAAAGAAAGAUGGUCUGUGUGGGGUGGCCCCUGCAGCCGUGGGUGCCUUCUGCUGCCUUCAGCGCUGGCCGUGGUUUUGGCUGAACUCUCUGAGGGAUUUCUUGAAGAGAGCAAAAAUCCUUGGGGAGGCUUUUCACGCACAGACUGUAAAAGUCAACCGCUUGUGUGUGAAGGGCCUUUAAAAGCGAGAAGCUUCCAGGGACGGGGAGAUGCCGUGAAUCCAGAGGAAACGAAAGGCACAGGGAAUGGGCAGGGCUCCCUGAGGAGGCAUCCGGGCCAAUCAAGUCCCCGCGGUCUUCUGGCUUGCGAUUUGUUCAGCUGCUGUCUCUUUGUGCCUCCAUUUUGUUGCGCAAAUUCGCCAGUGCCAGCGGAAGGAGUUUCGUUUGCUGCCCACUUUCAGACAUUGGUGGCGCUUUCGCCUGAAGAGAGCACUUUGGGAAUUCCGUGGUGGCUCAGGGAGUCACCUGGCUGUGAGUCUCUACACAGUCCGGCUUUGCAGGAUGAAGCGAAUGAGACAGAGCUGAGACUGCUACGUAGUGUGCUGGAGGCUCCCAUAGACAGCGGCGAGCAGCAUGUGCAGGUGCACCAGUUGGGGGAUGAUCGAUCUCACAGUGUGACUCUUUUCUUUGCCCCACAAUUUCACAUUUUGAGGCAUUUGCUGUGCGGAGAUGAUCUCCAGUUUUGCUGCUCUAUCAAAAGCGCAACGCCUGUCAAACUGUUUGGAGGAAAAAGCGGGGCGUCCUUUACGCUGUCAUCGGAUGGGGUUUAUGUAUUGAAGGAGUUAAACCGUCACGAGGUCAAGUUGCUGCUGUGUCAGAGUGAUUCUUUCUUUCGCCACUUUUCCCGCGUGUUAUUGGAAGGAAGGCCGUCGGCCCUAACACCAAUUUUGGGUCUAUUUCAAGUAAAGAAUGCAAUAAAUGGAGACAAAAGGUAUUACGUUGCCCUUAGUAACCUAAGGUACAGAGAAGGAGGGGCCCCAAAGGGGCCCAUCAGGGUCUUCGACCUCAAAGGACUCGGCAGGCAAAGGUAUAUACCGGAAACGGACUCACACGCAAUUCACAGUGGCACCAACAGCAGCAGCAAUAGCGGCACGGGUGGUGGGGCUGCUGCAAGGAGAGCGGGGAGACAGAAUCGAACGGCGGCUGCAAUGCUGAAAGAAGCAGCCGCAUCUACAGCGACCCCAGCAGCAAACGAUGCAGCAGCAGUAAGCUCGGACGAAAAUUAUUCUCCUAAGAUCUUGGCAGCCACUGAAGAACCAUUUUCUAGUAAAGACGCUAGUUUCCCAGCUGCAGGCGAAGGCCUCUUUCGCUUCUUUUCUACAGCAACGCCUCCAGCAACUCCAGCGGUCACAGCAGCUGAAGCAAGAGCAACAACUGAAAUAUCAGCUGCAGCGGCGGCCGCUGGGGAGUUCGAAACCUUGGACGUGCAUGCAGCAUUGGAGUGCGUGCCAGUGUUGUGGGAUCAAAAUUUUCGCGAGUACUCUCGGGGCUUUGCGUUGUGCAUGCACUCCAGUGACGUCUGUGCCUUUAGGGAGGCACUGCGGCAGGACCUUUCUCUGCUGCAGCGUCUUGAGGUGGUUGACUACUCGCUGUUGGUUGUGGUUUACGAGGAUACCGCAGAGAUAUGCUUUGGCCUCAUUGAUUUUUUCCGCAAGUAUACGUGGGACAAACACGUAGAGAAGCUGGGCAAAGCCCUCGCAUACAUGACCAGUGGCCUCCAGCCCACUGUUCUAUCCCCAGGCGACUACAGGCAACGUUUCACAGAAACGCUGCGGGAGUUCUUCGCCCCUGCACUGCCUUCCCUUCUCCCUGUGUCCCUUCACACGCUGCGGGCACUCGCAGCCUCACUGACACCCACAGACACUUAUCCGCAAGGCACGCACCUCUCUGGUGCUGUUGCUGCGGCGUUAGAAGAUUCGGAAACAGCACAAAGAACAGCAGAGUCAGCAGUGGCAGAAGCGGGUAGGAGAGAAGAGAGGCGCUCAACGUGUGCUGAGGAGCCAACAGUGCCGUUCCCAGAGGCUGCUGUCCCCGCUGAAGGCCGGCUUUCUUCAGGUGUUCUCUCAAGAUCCUCCACGGGGCCGCUCCCAUCGUUUGCUGCGUGUCUUGCUGCUAUUGUGAGGGACCAGCAGCAGCGGGACGCGGCAGGGACGUGGGGCUCUGGGAAUAAGUGCGACCGCUGCGGGGAGACCCCAGCCAGCCUCAGGUAG